AUGGAAUCGGGAAGGUUGAACCAUCCUUUUCCGCCGACAGCAAUGAUUAUGUCACCGAUGCGAAUGGUACAUCAAAAGAUGUUUUCACAGCCACCAGCACCAUGUGGAUUUGCUCCGCAUGGACCGCCUUAUGAUCACAGCAGUGUAUCAGAAGAAUCGAAAUCGGAACAGCCAGAUGAAUCUAGUAGCACAGUCGAACAUUUACCCUUCUCGGCCGACCCUCUUCGCACCGCCACUGCUGACUCAAAGAAAAAAAUGAAUGGACACAUUGACACAAACGGCCACACCGAAAUAAACGGUCGCAGUGAGACAAACGGACACUGUUCAAAUGGUGAAGAAAAUAUUUCUGAAUCGUCUGGAGUUGCUAAUUCAAAGAAGAUUGAUGAACGUGAUCAGCCUACACCAGAUAAUUGGAUUGAAAGAGAUGAGUCAAUGGUCCGUCUCACUGGAAAUCAUCCGUUCAAUAGUGAAGCACCACUCUCAAAAUUAGUUCAAUGUGGAUUUAUAACUCCGGCAAGAUUACAUUUUGUUCGAAAUCAUGGAUAUGUACCGAAAAUUGAACGGAAUGAGCAUAGAAUUGAAAUUACAGGGUGA